AUGUAUGAUAAACUGAUUCUCUGGGUUGAAACCAAAGUUUAUGGUAAUUAUGAUUGUCUUUUAACAGCAUGUCAUAGUCAGGCAAUUGGUGUGACCAGCAGUGAUGCAAUUCCAGAUGGCAGCUUCUCAGCCUCAACACAAGCUAAUGAUGGCCGCGGACCUUCAGCUGGUCGUCUGAAUGGAUAUAACGGGGGUUGGGCACCAAAAACUAAUACUAAUCACACUGACUACCUACAAAUUGACCUGCAGUAUGAUUAUGUUAUCUGUGCUGUAGCCACUCAAGGAUCUGUCAAUAGUGAUCAGUGGACAACAAAGUACAAGAUUAAAUUAUCAUUGGGUGUCACCUUUAACACAUAUAAAGAAAACAACACUGAGAAGGUCAGUUUGAUAUUAAUGAAACAUCAUGCUAAACUUACUUGAAUUUUUUUUUCAUUUUUUGAUAUUUUGUUCAUGCAGUUUCAUAAAAUUACACUUAACAGGUAAUUUAGUGUUAAUAACUGGGUUGAAAACACCAUAAAGAGUUAAAAGGCAAUGUUGUGUUUUCAACUCAGUUGUUAACACUAAGUUACCUGCUAUACUCUCCCACUGACGUAGUACCACAGUUUCUUUAUAAACUUACCCCCUUUAAAAAUACACUCAGCAGUGUUCUCCUUUUCAGGCAGUAACCAGUAACAUUUACCCCCUGAAGUGUUUCUCAUUACCGUUUAAAAUUGUUUGGAAUUCUUGAAAAUUCAACAAGUAAAAGGAUUGCUUUACCAGUUUGAAAAUUUAUUUUACCUGUCAUGCUUAAAAUAUGGGAGAACACUGACUCAGUCAAGCCUAAUUUUAUAGGCAGAAGAAUUAGAGACAGUUACGCGAGAGCAUUUUGGUAAGAGUAAAUUUGAACCAGUUUUAUUACCAGGUCAAGUAUUGAUGGAAAUGAGUGAAAAAUCUGACAUGAGCUUCAUAGGUCAUGUCUUUCAGGCUUUGAAAUGCUUAUUUUUUAAGGCAUGAUGUAGUCCAGGGUAUGGUAACCCACUAACAUCAAAUGUUGGUGUGGCUUGUAGCUAUAAUAAUAAUAAUAAAGACUUUAUUUUACGAGGGUAACACAUAAUAGCAUAGCUAAUAAACUUGUGGCCCUCACUCAGAAAUAAUUACAAUAUAAAAACUAGUAUAAUACAAUAUAAAAAUAGAAACUAAUAUAAUAUAAUAUAAUUGCAAGAUAAGUAAAGAAACUAAAAAGGAAACUAUACACGAAAAUGACUUAAAAAUUGUUGCUGCGAAAAAAUAUUAGUCCACAUGUUGUGCUUAAAGCACCUUAUGCUGUCCGCCAUCCGUAUGCGUAGUGGUAUCUCGUUCCAAAUUUUGGUUCCGGUGACGAGAAAAGUGCGCCCACCUUCAGUUUCCCUGUUAUAUCUGGGGCACAGUACAGCACAUAGCAUAGCUCUGAUUUGAAGUGACUCAUUUUGUUUGAUUUAAACUAUUUUUGUUAGAAUUAGAGCUGUAAAUUAUCCUUUUUCAUCGCUGUUUUGGUGAUGGUGUUUGCUACAUUUUUAUUGGUUGGUUGAAGGCUUGUUGAUAAUUCAAAGCCAAGGAAAACUGCCAUCACUUGUGCACGGAAAGUUGAAAUUUUCUUUUGAAGUGAAUAAACAUGUCAGUGUCAAUAACUGUUCUUUUUCAUUGAUAUCUUUAAUAUUUUAGGUCUUUAAUGGAAACUCUGGGAGAAAUGACAUAGUAAAACACGGUCUGAGGGAGUAUGCUUUGGCAAGGUUCAUCCGUUUUGUGCCAACAGAGUACUAUGGUUAUAAGGCAUUGAGAGUGGAAGUUUAUGGAGUUCUCCUAUCUACAGGUACCAAUUCUAUUUUGUCUGUACCAUAUCAUUGAAAUCCUACAAGUGUUACAAAAAAGUGGAAGGGAAUAUUAUGACUCACUUUACUUAAAAUGUUACAUAAAAUCUCAUAGUCUAUACUGAUACCAUGCUGUAGAAAAUACAGCCAAUCAGAAUUCAGGAAUUCAUUGUAUAUUUGAUGGUAUUGCACCCACUCAUGUUCAGGUAAUGACAUUAAAUACAAGUGACUUGUGGGAUAUUCAAUGGUAUACUACUCAGCAUUACCAAUACUGAUACCAUGCCGCAGAAAAUAUAGCCAAUCAGAAGGAAUUCAUUGUAUAUUUGAUAGUAUUGUGCCCAGUCCUUUUAUUGUGUACUGUGAUCUUAUUCCUGCCAAAAUCGAGCGUACAAUGCCACUUCUAGUGUAUUUCAAGUGCUGUUUGAGCCAUGUCAGAGCCAAAUUCUUCCCUCAACAUUAAUGUUCAGGUAAUGACAGACUAUGAGCGACUUGUGGAAUAAAUUAUUUCAUGAUAUACCACUCAGCAUUACAUAACUGGUAUAUAUUUGAAUGAUAUAUGUAUAUGUUCAGUGUAUAUAAUCACAUUUGUAAAUUAUCCCCUACAGAAAUCAGAUUACCACUUAGUCACUCCCUAAAUGGCACUCAUUUAAUCCAUUGAGGAUGAAUGAAGUCACUUAGGUUCACUUGAUGUCAGACUUGAAAGAGCUUGAAAUUCUGACUUGCAAAGUUUUAGGGAGGACACAAGCACUGUGAUAGUACAGAAAUAAUGCUUCAUCAAUAUUAACAACUUUCAUCUGUGUUGACCAAUUCAGCUCCUUUAUAGGCACAUGACCAUUGUGAAAAUAUCAUUAAAAUACCUUAUAAUCAUUUUUAUUCAACAUUCCAGUUCCAUCACAAGCUCCAGGCAACUUCACUGUGACUGCAAUCUCAUCUACUAGUAUAAAAGCAUCAUGGGCAUCACUGCCAGAAUAUGCCAGACAUGGAGAUAUAACAGGUUAUAAGUUGUUUUACAGACAGAAGGGCUCAGUGGACAAUUUAGUCAUGGAGUCUGUUACUGGAGCAGAAACAUUAACUAAAGAUUUCACUAAUCUGAACAAGUACACCAAAUAUGGAUUUCAAGUGUUGCCUGUUGGAUCUCGUGGUGAGGGACCAAAAAGUUCUGUAAAGGUUGAGCAGACUUUGGAAGAUGGUAAGAGACUAAAAUUGAACAGUGUAGGUUAUAAGAAAUAUUUUACUCAAAAACAUAAUUAUAGCUUAUUUGAAUAAGAUUGGAACAUAAUAGUAUAUCUUGGCAGGUUUAGAGUAAUGAUAUGAUGCAGGAUAUAAUAUGAGAGUUAAGUUAUUAUUAUCAUUUUUAUUAUAUUAUUAUUAUUAUUAUUAUUAUUAUUAUUGUUAGCAUUAGUAAUAGUAGUAUAAUGAGUUAACUUCCUUCAGCACUUUCAGUGAACAGGUUAAAGUGGAUUAUCUAAUUUCUUCAUUUUUUCUGCCAAAGAUCAAUUUUAUUUCAGUCUAGCUUAAAUAAUGACCUUCAUCUUCCAUUUCUUUGCUACUCUAGCACCAACCAUUCCUUCAAACCUUUCGCAGGCUGAGAUAAUGCCAGAUAAACAAGUUGGUCCCAAGAUAAAGCUCACCUGGUAUAAGCCAGCAGAAGAAAAUGGGAUUAUAAGGAGUUACACUGUGUUUUAUAGUCACAAUGAAGAUCCUUAUAAUAUUCACACUAAAACAUUAAAACAAAACAUCUUCAGUUACACAGUAGAUGUGUUAGGUGGGGCCACCUAUCAGUUCCACGUCAGAGCUGCUACAAUCAAACCUGGACCAAAUGCAACCUUGUCUGUUGCUGUUAAUGAUUAUGGUAGGUGUAAAUCAGAAAUUAUAGGCUAGUUUUGAUAUACUAAAAUUCUAACAUGGCUGCAAGGCUAGGGGAAUAAAACAAAAAAACUAAUUGUUUGUCCCUCAACCUUGAUGUGAUUUCCUUUGUUUUAUUCCCCUAACCCUUGACACAAAGUUUGAAUUUUAAUACAUUGAAAAUGGCCUAUUAAUUUUACUUUCAACUUUAAUGUUAUUUGAUAAGUGUAGAUGGUAAGUGAUAUCAAGGUAGACAAGUUGAGAACAGCUGCACUAUAGGAGUGGUAAAGGAGGGACUCUCCUUAUCAACUCCAAGUGCUUUCCAAUGGAGUUUUGAAGGACUGGUGAACAUGAUUAGUCAACAUCAAUGACUACAUACCUAAAAAAAAUAAAAAUUUGAUGAAGGGGGAAGGAGAGAAGAAUUACUGAAAUACAAUUUAGAUAAACUUUGAGGAUAAAUUUUUGAUCCAAUGUGAUUCAGAAAUAAUUAUUUAUUAAAUUUUUUUCGUUCAAUGACAGACAGCUGACCAUUUAUCUGAAUUGGUAUAUUUUUUUAUUCCCUUUUGUCAGAACCCAGUGUAGCACCAAAUGAUGCGUCUUUCAGUAGACUGAACCAAACAACCUUCAAUAUUUCAUGGUCACCCCUGACAAGAAAAGAGAGUUAUAGCAAAGUUAUCUCAUAUGAGGUCAAGAUAUCAUUGGUGUUGUCUGGAAGUCGACAAAAGAGAUCUCCAGCCAACAGCAAAACUGUUAACACAACAAAAGCAUUUGUUAUCCUGUAUGAUAUUCAGCCUUGUUACAAUGUGUAUGUCCGAGCAUACACUAAAGCUGGCCCUGGACCAUAUGGUCAACCCUUACCUCUGGAAUUGAGUAAGUUUCAUUUUUUUUCCUCAAAUUGAAUAUAGAGCAUGCAAAAUUUUGCUUCAAACUCAUUAAUUUAUACUGCAUAGAAGCUUAAUGUGUAGUCUGAUUCAAAAUCACUAGUAAGAGUAAGAAAAGCAAGGCAUUUUGGCUGUCUUUGGUUGUAGCUUAAUUUGGCUAAUAACCAGGAAAUUGAUUAAUUGAAUAGGGGUGAUAUUCAAAAUGCGCCCCCAAGUGUACCCUAGGGAAACAAGUUGCAAUGUUUCCCAUAAUUUUUUUUCAGCGCAAAUAGCUGUACAUUUUAACUCAUAAUCACAUUAUUUAAUUUAUUCUUAUUACAACAUGGACUAUUUGUACAAAUAAAAAAACUACAGAAAAAGUAGGAAAUUAAUAAAAGCGCAUUUACUGAAUACACAAAAUAAGGAACUUACUCUGGAAUCUAAAAAAGCUAUCAUACUUACAUUGUUUUACUUACUAAUAUGACAAAGUACCAGGGGCACCCAACAACCUGAGGGCAACAGACUCUCAGUCAACAGAGAUGACACUGGAAUGGGUGAGACCCCAACCUGCCAUGGAAGAAGAGUGGAAGGUGAUAUUCUUAAUGUUUAAAUCUACUUUGCUGUAAAAACAUGGAUUUUGACAAAUUUUAAUACAACUCUUUUAAGUUGAGAAUCAGAAAUACUAUUUUUGUGAUUUUUGUUAAACUCUCUAGAUCUCAUUAGUAAUUCUCUUUACUGUCUGCCAUACUAUUAUGAUGUUAGUUUGGAGAAAUCCCCUAAUCAAUAUUUUACUUUAUUCUCAUCACUCCUAUGCUUGACAUUGUAUUGAAAUUGUUAAAGAAAUUCUGUCUUGAUCAUUCAUGGGAGUUAAAGGGUUAAAGGAGCACUGACGGAAAUGACAUCUGUCGUAAUGAAUAUAAUGUAUAAGUGUACUAGAGAACUGGUACCAUCAGUAUGACUACCAUUUAAGAGCAGCUACUGUAAUAGUUACUGUAAUAAGUGAGAAGAGUUAUAUGUACAUGCACAGCUAUAUGUAUAUACAUAAAAUUAGGGUUUUUUGUUUUGUGCUGUGAUCACGAAAAUGCACGUCCACGUGGGAGAUUUUAUUUGUAAAUAAAUUAGUGCAGGUGUGGUAUUUACUGUAUCUGCAUUUGACUCAAUUGUUUGAUUGUUAAGGUUGAGUACUCUGGGAAAAAGUCUUACAACAACAGCUUUUCACACGAAGGCAGCAAAGAUGUACAGGGAACAACAAAAUAUACCCUUGAUAAUUUGGUACCAGGUACCAAAUAUGACCUUCGGGUUUAUGGAAUCUCAAAAUGUGGAAACAACGGAUUUCCUUCAUCUUUUGAAGUAGAAACAAAAAUAGGAGGUAAGCAAUAACAUGCAGGUAACCAUUUGACCCCAAGAGAAACUAACAUCUAAUUUCUCUUCACAAUAUCACCCCUGAAUCACACAAUGUGGUCACAAGAAUAAAGGAAAUGAUCACCUACUUCUGAUUAGGAAUGUAUGGGAUCAGUAUGGAGAAUAUGCAUCUUGAAAUUGAUGUAAAUAUUUUGCGAAUCAUAUUAUUACAUUUAUUUUAUUCCCAGAGCCAUUGGCUCCAGUUGUACUAUCACUGACCACCAGGAAGGUCGCUGAGUUGCAGGCUGAAAUUGAUCUGUGGCCUGCUGAACAAAGGAAUGGUCCAAUAAGGUGAUGGUUUUAUAGUUUGUGUCACAGAUUAGCUAAGAGCAUAAACUAUUAAUGAUACUCUCACCUGAGGAGGAUACAAUUCUUGCUUUCACUGUGCACAUAAUGAUGUUAAUCUUGUGUACAUAGCCCAUGAUAUGAGAAAGAUACAAUACCUUAAUUAGGUCUUUCGAACUUAAGUUGCAAUACCAGACUGGGUAAAAAUCUCCUUGUUGACUGUAACGUUAACAAAACGCCAGUUCUGCAAUCAACAACAUUUCUGUUUAGGAGUAUUCUUCCCAAGACGAUCAGGUCGCACAACUGGCUACUAUAUUGAACACAAACACAUAACUUUCUUGCAAAGUCUUUCGCAAAAGUUCCCAAGUGCUUAACUCAAGUCAUUAAAGACCAUCAAACAACCACCACCUUUCAAUACGGCGAUGACCGCAAUGAUGUUGACCGGAAUUUUGUUCGUUUUCAACAUUUCAGUGCUUAUCAAAUAAUCAUUCUUAAAGUCUCUGAUUGUGUUCAAGAGCUUCCCAAGGAUUUUCAUUUGAAGCUGAAAGAUUUAAACGACGAAAAUUUGAACUUUCAUCCGUUUUACAUCGCUGCGGAAAUCGAAAAUGAUCCUGUGCAUGAGAAAUCUUGGAACUUUACUGUUGGUGACGGGAAAUCGUAUGGAACUUUUAUCAACAAAGAACUGAGGAAAGGAGGAAACUAUUUUGCCUAUCAAAGAGCAAUAACUCGUUUCAAUGGUGUAAGUAAAUUUGGGUGUUGUUUAAUUGUUCUGUAAUUUAAAGUUGAUAAUCUAAACAUAAUAUCCACUUGAUGAAGAAAAUUAUUUUAAAUCUCACUUCCUUAUAUCAAUGAAUUUUAAGAUGUGUUUGUCACUUUUUGACCAUGUUUGGUUCACUUUCUAGCAAAUUUUGGAAGGAUAUGCCAGGAAAGUGGCCUCGAUAUCUGUCACACCAGGUAUGCGAGUUAACACUCACGUGAGACUUGAAAGUAAUUUCUCUAUCUUUUCAGUUUAGUGGGCUGUUAACUUUCAUGAGAGCUUUGUGACUUGAGAGAAACUUCCCUUUUGGCAAGAGUCAAUUGUUACAGUUGCUCGGGCAAAUUGGAAAAAAGUUAAACUCAAGUAAUGGCAGAUCCUUGUUGAAGUCUGCCACUGUUUCAAAAGUUUGUGCCUGGCCUUAUUUCUCCCCUUCAACUGAAUAAGUUAGGUUUAAAACCUCGGCCACUGCAGAUUACGAAAAGCAAACUAACCUACCACCGUUGUUUCUGUGUUUACUAGAUAAUUCUUAUUCCGGUCUGCAUUUACAUUUGGUCACCUUUCAAUUCUUAUCAUAAUUAUCAUAGAAUAACAUCCUUUUUAGUAGAUUUUUUGUUAUUUUAUUUUCACUUAAAUGUAAAAUUUGUGCAACUUCCAUUGAUGUAAUUAACAAAAGCGCCUUGAUGCUUUCAGCUCUAUGAUGAGAAAGGCCACAAUCUAGAUUAAGGGCAGGUUUUUUGUUCUCGCUUGCUCUUCUAUGAAUUUUAAUGUUUAACUAUUAUUUUCUUUCAAUAUGCAGAGUCACUUAAAUAUACUAAAGAAACCAUAAAGGGAGAUACCAGUGAGUAUUGUGGGGACACGAAAAGCUGGUCUUAAAUUGUUGAUUAAACAGCGCCAAUAAAUCCAUAAUUAAACAGCAUGUUGGAAUAAUCUCGUAAUAAUCAUUUGAAUCCUCUCAAAGCUAUCACUUGAUUCCUUCAUUAUUUUCUCCAAUUUUCAUGGAGACACAGAUUUUCAUAUCUGAUGUAAAUCCCUCCUAUUUUCUAACAGGUGAAUCCCAAGUCUUUCGAGCUGCUGUCAUCGCUCUUUGUUGCAUUGUUUUCUUCUUGCUCAUUGUGAUUGGUGCGCUAAUAUGGCGGUUGAGACGAACUGAGCUUAACAAAAAAGCAACCACAGUAAACAGUGGUAUCCCCGCCCCAUCUGGUGGUCAUCAAGUGUCAGAGCCUGGUGUUUAUAUGGAACUCCACCCCAGGCCUUCGGAAGGGAAGUCACGUGAACCUCCUGAGUACCAGUCAUUGCAGGACACUCAAGUGACUUCCAAUUAUUACAAUGUGGGAUUCAAGAGAGAAAGGUCAGGGAAGAAAGACGGCGGAAUCUACGAGAAUUCGCACAGUUGAAUGCUUUAGUCUCCUCUUGACGCUUGAUUGAUCUGAAUUGAAGCCGCCCGUUUAGAUAUGGGUCUGUAAGCCCUACAGACGGUUUGUUAUUGAAGACUUGGUUUAACGAACAUCAGAACGUUCGUAAAAGCCCAACCACACGAUGAAUUUCCGUAAGAGACUAACUCUAUAAAGAAAUUUCGUGGAAAAAUAGACCGUGUAAUUAAACAAAAAUUUUUAAAAAAUUUUUAUCUUACAAAGUAGUAGUAGUAAUCUUUAAUGAGGAUGCCAACGUCACAAAGUGGUUUACAAAAGGGUUCUCAGAAGAAUACUAAGUUUAGAUUAAGAACCAGUUAAACAUACAAAAAUGUAAAAGUUUAAAAGAGUAUAUACAGUUAUCAAGCAUCAAAUAUAACCAGUUAAAAAUACAGGAAUGUAAAAGAUAAAAAGAAUAUGCAGUGGGUAAAAAGCAAAGAAUGUUGUUAAGAAUCAAAGACAACUUUGGACAGGCCACGUUUAAAAGCAGGCGAUGACUCUGCAUUCCUUAAUGAGGUGUCUAAGCCGUUUCAUAUAUCGGCGCUAAAAGUUACUGACGACCAAUGACCCCAUCUUCUUGUGGCACUAGAUUUGCGAAUGUCAUUUCUCGAUCUUGUGUAGUAACUAUGAAAAUCACCAUUGAAUGUGACAGGGAUAGAGUGACAGAAAUGGUUGUUAAUCAAUUUAUACGUAAAAAUACCAUGAUGUUCCUUUGUACGUCGCACUGCAUUAUUAUAGUUAGCCUUUGUUGUGUACCUGAUGACAUUCGCUCACAUAUAAACGGGGCAGGGAAACAUACAAACUUUAAUACAAAUUGUAUGAGUAACGCAUGACAACUGAAUUACCUUAUGUACCGGUAAUCGCUCAUUGUGAAUGAAAUUACAUGCAGCAGAAUGUAGAAAGGAAAAUCUUGAAAUGACUCUGAGUCACUUUUAGCCAUGUUGGUCUUAAGAGGAGACGAUUUACCCCGAAUUGUAGCCUAAGAAUUGGGUAAAAUGUGUGGGAAGUCGAAGAGAUGCUCAGUCGGGAGAAAGUGCUCUUUAAAUGGAACAACACUCGUAGACAGCUUUCUGAAAUUGAUUAAAAGUACUCUUUCCUUCUUGGUUGAUAUUGCUCAAGUCCAGACCAGAUCAUUGAAAACUCCGCUUGAUUUCUUUUAAUAAGAUGUUUGGCUGCAGAAAAAUAUAAAAACAUCUUGCACUUAUUAAUUUUGUUCGCCGCAAUGACUUCAAACUUUCAGCGAUUUUGCUAGCGUGACAGCCGAUUAUGCAAAUUAGUUCAUUGAACAAACUCCGACCGUUUUAUAUAAGUAGCUCAAUAAAUCUUAGAUUUUAACCAUUUUAAGUUGAAGAGAUAGUAGGACAGAGCUUUUAGACUACACCGAUUGAUACUCUAAACAUUUCAAAAGGCCAGAAUUUGACAAAUUUUACCCUCUCGUGACGAAAGACGUCAACAACAAUGCAUCGAAUAUCAUAAUUUGAUUAGCGCUCGCUUAACAUUUUAAUGACAAACUCUUUCUUAAAAAUUUGGCUUCUGCUACUUCAUGCAUAUUUGAGUUCUGACAGGUUACGCUAUUCAAACCUGUAUGAACAUUUCAGAACCAAACUACAGGAUUCUAUUCAGUGUAACCGGCGAUAACAGCACACAUUGAAAUACACCUUGACCAGUGACUCUGUCACGUAAUUCCAUCGUAUAAUUGUCCUGAGUACCUCUCAAGUCCAAGUAAAGCAGCGAUUGCUCGAAUUUCUAGCUGACAGGAACAAAUGAUAUUUGGUCGCCACACCUGUCUGCAUAGCAGUCGCUGUUCAUAACUUUGGAGAGUUCUUGAGAAAAAGGAUAUCGCAUUCGCAUAACGGGUGGACGUCAUAAUUAGACUGCAUUACAACUCCACUCCGAAAUCAUUUCCUCCAUUUUUGCAAGAAGUGUUGUCUUUGUAUCUCGCAUUUUGAAUGCGAGCUCAAAAUGUUUGCACAUGUCUCUUAGUACCUUGACUUUGAGGCUGGGCAACCUUCACCCUCUUGCCAACGAGCACACAUCAUAGACAGCAAACAUGAUUGGACUUUUCAGUCCUAUCUCAUCCAUUACUGUGCUCCUGGCCUCCCUCAAACACGAGUACUGCCGGACGUUUUGCGAAAGCCGUACACUUGCACCUCUCUUAUGAAGAGCUCAUUCCAUGGGAAGCUGUGAAGCACUUGUCAAGGGUUCUGUGGCCGCUGCAACCGGUUCAGUCGAACCCUCUAAUGACAAUGACUGAAAGUGAUGAACCCACUCCCUCUUCACUUUGCCAUAAAGACUUUCAGUCAUGCUCGCAGACAUAGGACUUACAUGAUGAAACACCAAGUUCAUAUGGAGCUCAAGGUCGGAUUCUGUGACGCAGGAUUUUUUUCAACAGGCACCUCACUCUUCGCCUGUGCUCUUGCCUUCUUUAUUUGUCUAUCUGAGAGGUUUUCAAAUGGCUGAUGCAUGCGUUUAAGCUCGUUAGCUGAAAAUCUAUCGGCAUAAAUACUCAGUAUUUGAGUCCUAAGUGAUUUUGUGGGAGCAUUCUGAUAGGCGGCCUUAAGGAUUUGAAGGCCAACAUCAAUAGCUGUCUUGCACUUCUCUUCAUGAUCUACGACCGCUUGGAAUAACGCUUUUCCAUCUCUUAGAGCAAUGACAUCGCACACCAGCUGGCACGCUUCCCCAGCUUUUUGUACAAACUCAGAUUUUUCGGGAAAGGAGCAUUUUUCCCUACAAUCUACUUGGGAUUCCAAACGUGUAAUCCUGGGCUUUUGUGCAACAUCGGCGAGGCCGUCGAUAUAUGCAUUUAAGACUUGAAUUGGAUCUAUGCUAAAGUUCUGAAUAGAACUGUCUUAAAGACAGGUGUGCAGACAAACUUUCUCUUAUUCCAGCCGACUAGAAUGCUGAUCCAAAAAAUGAUGUUAUCGCUGCUUUAUUUAGAAAGGAGAAGGAUGUACCUCCUCUUGACGCUUGAUUGAUCUAAAUUGAAGCCGCCCGGUAAGAUGUGGGUCUGUAAGCCCUAUAGACAGUUUGUUGUUGAAGAUUUGGUUUAACGAACAUCAGAACGUUCGUAAAAGCUAACCACAUGAUGAAUUUUCGUAAGAGACUAACUCUAUAGAGAAAUUUCGUGAAAAACCGACCGUGUAAUGAAACAUAGCAAGAGUUAGGAAAAAUUUUAUCUUGUAAAUGCAGAAUUGAACGCUUCUACACUGCAUUACUAUACUUAGCCUUUGUUGUGUACCUGAUGAUAUUCGCCCACAUAUUAACGGGGCACGGAAACACACAAACCUUUAUACAAACUGUAGGAGUAACGCAUGACAACUGAAUUACCUGAUGUACUGGUAAUCGCUCAUUAUGAAUGAAAUUACAUGCAGUAGAAUGUAGAAAGGAAAAUUUUGAAAUAACUCUGAGUCACUUUUAGCCAUGUUGCUCUUAAGAGGAAACGAUUUACCCUGAAUUGUGGCCUAAAAAUUGGGUAAAAUGUAUGGGAAGUCGAAGAGAUGCUCAGCCAGGAGAACGUGCUCUUUAAAUAGAACAACCAAUUUCAAUACUGUGGUAGGAGUUGAAUAAAGCAAUGCACCGUUGAAAAUGAUUAUUUUGUCUUUCCACAGUUCAUGUCGGUAUCUUUUCGAACCAAACGAUGCCUCGAAGGAAAAUGUGUGGAUUUUUUUUUUAUUUAUGUUUCGAGUGAAAGAUUUAUUUUGCCUCUGGAAAAUAUAAGCAAAAAUAGAAAUACCAGUAACAUUAAAUCGCCUUUUUUCCUCUUGAUAGAAAUUCUACGACCAAAUCUUUGAGUCGUUCAAUUGAAAAUAUUCGAUAGUUUUAGAUUUACAACCGCAUCAUGGACUUCAAAUAUUACUAAAGGUCUUGUGACAAGUACCUUCACAACAGUCGAAAAAAUAUAUCGAUACAAUAUCAGUCUUAUGCCUGAAGCGUGACGUCGUGGACUCGGCUGAUCAAUCACCUGCUUUGCCUUUUUCUUACCAAAAUUAAAUCUAUCAAGUAUGUGCUCCUAUUAUUUGUUUUAACUUGGUUAAGGUGGCUUAAUAAAAACACCUAAACCUUGACUCUGAUCAUUUCUUUUUAAACCGAUCGACCAGUGCCCCCCUUUUUGUAUUACCCCAAGCAAGAUGAAGUAAAGGGAUCGACUGGAUCGCCCCCCUCCCCGCAAGUGUCUGUGCCUUCUUCCCUGAGGCAGAUCAAGCUAUAAAUUCCUGCAGAACAGGGGUAAUUUUUUUCGUUUUCCAAACAAGUGAAAUAAAGAGGGGCUCGCGUCUCCACUUGCCUUGAUGAGCCAAAAAAACCGCCUCUUCUGUAGGUUAACUUCCUGUGUUGUCAAACAACUACUUUCGAACAUUUUCAAACAGUUUUCGGGUCUAACGUAACAUGGUAUGGAACACUGACGAUAUCAGUUAAACCUUACGGUUUCGUAUCUUCUCAGUGGUCCGUUAAUCUGUGUUUUUGUUGUAAAUCUUAGGAAUACAGAGAUUGUAGGGUUGUUUUUGUAAAGGAGUAAGUUUUUUCAAAAUUGAGAUGGAUAAUUAAAUUGGAAGCGAUUGUUUCACAAGAGAUGUGCUGGAAAGAAAAAGAAAAGAAAAGAGGAACAAAGAUGGUCAGUGAAAGUGAUAUUCAGACCGAUUAACUCUCAGGAUCGACAAAGGUAAAGGAGGUAAGCUUCAAAAGAAAUUGUGGUGCUAGGUUGGUAGGGGGUAUAACCUGAUAAUUUGGUUUUAUCAACUGAGUUGGUAAUGGAAAUUGGCCACCGUAAAGAGUUUUCCCACAGUGAACCCGUACCGUCGACGCGUCGUCUUUUCACACUGCUGAAACUCCGGGAAUACAUACCAUAAUGGGUUUAGUUGUAUUUUGGCAGAUACGCUUCAACGGAGAGAAUGAGCUUUUAAGAUUCAAAAGGUUAUUGAACUGAAACAUCAGGUGUCUGCAACGUUUCAGUUUCUGAGUGAGUUAUGAAGUAACAAUAGCGGCGAAAUGUCGGAGUUUGAUUCCGGGCUGUACUUCCGAGUGGCUUUCUUCGCUUUUCUUAUUCCUCUGGGAUCCGGUGAGUUCUCUAUCAUUUGUAAUCUGGGCAUAUGAGUUAAUACCUCAACGAAAUCACAGAUUGUUUUUCGGCAGGGACUCCAUAGAUAUGACAUAAUUAAAUUCCAUUUCAUUGCCGUCAAUUGACAAACUGUCGAGUCCGACCGAAAAAUCCCAUGUGAAUUCAAACAUCUUCUUUAAAGCUGAAACAUCUGACAAGUUAUUUUAUUUUGAGAGAAUGAGUUUGGGAGAAUUGUAGUUGCGAUUUUCAAAUCUAUCUGGCAGAGUAUGAUUUACUUCCUGGUAAGGGGUAAGAGCGUCUCACUGACUAACCUCGUCGCUCGUCUUUUCUUAAUUACGUAAGAGCAUGAUCUUCUCUACUUGGCUUCACGAUGUUUAUGAAGCGGUAGCUUGAGAGAGAUCUGAACUUUUUUCGAAACAGAACUAGCUCGCUUCGUUAUCGAUUAAAAUAUG